CAAGGAAAAAUAGUUGAAGUUGAUUUCACUUUUUGUGUGUAGUGUGCUUAACUAAGGAAAAUUUAUAAAAUUCCUCAAUUAUCCUUGAAAAUAAUUAUAUAUUUUAUGGAAAUAGCAUAAAUACUACAUUGUAAUAGACACACACUAGUUCUAGCAACUGAAAAAGCCAUUUGAAAGACUGUUGUAUUGAAAAUUAAAUAAAAAUUCUAAACGUACUUUGCUUCUGAAAGGGGCCCGGUUGGUGAUCCUACGAAAAUAAGACUUGUGCUUUAAGUACUUAAAAACGCUAUAGAUAUUAAAGUUUAGAAAAAGCAAACAGUAUGAGCCUGCACAGAUGGCUGCAUCGCAGAGAAUAUGGUUUACCUUCGAAUCGUGGAGAUUUCGACAACAUUAUGCAUCGUGUUUACAAUUCAAUCGAUGACUUCAAACAUUGGAAUGAUAUACCGAAUCAAACAUCUGACUAUGGAGCCGUAUUCAAUUUGGAAUUCUCACCAAAAGGCAAUGUUUUGGUAGCUGCAUGUGAGAAAAAGUCCAUAUUGUUAUUUGACUCCGUCACCCAAAGGCAGACACAUAAAAUUAAAGAUGCUCAUACGGAUAAUGUUAAUUGUAUCAAAUUUCUAGAUGAACGUAUGUUUGCCACAUGUUCUGAUGACACUACCGUGGCUCUAUGGGAUUUACGUUAUUUGAAAAUGAAAGUACGCAGUCUGCAUGGUCAUUCGAAUUGGGUUAAAAAUAUUGAGUACUCCAAUAAGGAUAAUUUAUUAGUGACUUCCGGUUUUGAUGGCAGUAUUUUUACAUGGGACAUCAAUUCGCACACAGAACAGGGACUUAUAUAUCAAAAGGUAUUCCAUACAAGCGGUUUAAUGCGUUGUCGAAUUUCUCCAGAUUGCACUAAGCUAGUAAUUUGUUCGACUGGUGGUUACUUGAUGAUAAUACAUAAUUUAGACUUAACAACUUUACAUAAGGAUUUAAAUGGUUUCCGGCCAAGUAUUUAUCGUUUAAUGCAAAUGGGUCAUCAGUAUAUACCACAAGCGGCUAAAUUUGAUCAUGUAUUUUCUAAGAAACAAAAGAAAAAUCGUGUUGAAUUGGUGACUGAUUUUCCCGAAGAUAAUGACGCUGAAGUAGUGUUAGCUUUACAAAUCCAUCCUCAAGGACAUUCAAUACUAAGUCGUAAUAUAAGCUAUGAUGAAAAAACCGAAUGGUCAUGUAUACACGAUAUUAAUGAAGAGCCUGGUGACAUCACAGAACGUAUCAAAGAUGAGCACAUUAGUUCGAGACGUAAGCGUAAAUUACAAUGUGACAGUGACGAUGAGACACGUAAUGGUUUAGGCGAAGAAAGUGGCGAUUCUGAUGAUGUCCUAUUUAGUAUAAAUCGUAGACAACGUACUGUACGCUCACGAUUAUCUUUGUCUCGUUUACCCCCACCGCCACCAUCCUCUGUACAAUCUACAAGCUCCACCUCCAAUGCCAAUACCAAUACCACAACUUCUGCAAGCAAUCAACAGCAGCAGCAACAACAGCAAGCCAUACACCAACGACCUGAAUCAUUUGUACCCGAUAUAUGGGCGGCAGAAGUUACCGUCCACGAACGUGCUAUUAGGCAAAAUCGUGCACGCAACUCAAAUGCUGUUACCGGCUACAAUUACGUUUAUGCCAUAAGUAGCGGUGUCUUGCCAGCGGCAGCAUCGCGUAACACUAACUCAGAUUUAUCUAAUGCACGCUCAAGCGAUUUACCAUCUAGACGUGGGCGUUCUUCUUUCUCCGAUCUGGCCACAUCUACAGACGGCAGUAGCACUUCCAGCAGUGAUUCUCCCCCCUAUGUACCCUUUGAACGUGUACGUCCUAUAGCAGUACCUCCCAAACGUAACAGCUACCAUCGUGAACGUAAAAUCUUUCAAAAUCCUAAGAAACUUAUGUACUAUAUACAAGAACCCAACAUAGGCAAAGGUUUCAUCAAAGAACCCAGUUUUUCCGCAGAUGGUCGUAUUGUAUGCUCACCUUACGAUAAUGGCGUGAGGUUUCUGGGCUAUAGUGAAAUUUGCUCAGAGUAUCCUAGACAUUUUCAAGAAAUCAAUAGCAUCAAACAAAGUCCACGCACUUUGCAUGUUCUCAAAGAACUAAAAGUUCACGACGAUAUUGUUCUUAGUACGAAAUUUAGUCCACGCGAACCUUUACUGGUCAGUGGUUGUAAGAGUGGAAAAAUAGUUUGGUAUCAUCCCAUCUUGUAAAUGGCUUGUUUUUGUAUUUUUUUUUUUACAUAAAACAAUAGAUUAUAUAAUUUUUUUAUUUUUGAAUUUAUAUAGUUUUUAUGUAAAGCGUAAUCAAUUUUAAGUUUUCAUUGGAACGUAUGAAUUCUUGAUUUUCCUAAUGAGUUUUAAUUAUUUGUAUCAAUAUAAAUUUGUAAGUGCUAUGGAUAUUUAAGAAAACUAUUUUUUUUAUUAUUGAAAUGAAAACGGAAAAUUAUUUUUUAACUACAUUAAUAUAAAACAACAAAAACAAAUUAAAUCAUUUAUUACAAUUAAGAAAUUUAUGAAUAAAAUAAACAAUAAAUAUAUGAACAAACAAACAAAA